AUGGCCUUAGCAAAUUCUUUACCUCUGGGAAUUCCAACAAGUUCUACGGAAAAUGUGGUUAUUCACAACUCUAAUUCUCCUGUUUUUGAUGCGACUACGAGUUUGGUUACUCCAAUCACAAAGAAUGCGGCCACCACAACUAUUACCAGAACUUCUGACACACUCACUUCAAAUACUCCAUCCCCAAAGGGAUUAAUAUCGGCAGAUGUCAAACCUAAAAAGAAAACUAGUACAAAACAACCAGCACCUAUUUCUGAUAUUUCCAAAAAUAUCCCUGUUACUGGUGAAAAACCCAGACCAAAAAAGGAUUCUCCACCAAUGGAGGAUGACGUGUUGUAUCAAGUGUUUGUUAUUUUACAUGAUUAUGACUUUGAAGAAAAGGGCAUGACCGUUAAACAAAUGUGCGAUCAUUUAUCAGAAAGACACCCUGCAAUGUCUCAAUUAUCUACCAAAUUGUCAAAUCUAAUAUCAGCUAAAUUAAACGCCUACGUGAAAAAAGAAGAAAAGGGGGAAAAGACAUUGUUUUAUGCAUUAUCCAGAGAAUGGGCAGAUACUUCUCCAAGAAGAAUGGUUUACAUUUAUCGUGGUAUUUUAGCUCCAGAUUACCAAAAACACGCACGUGCAUUAUCAAAGAAGUUUCAAGAGGAACAACUCCAAUUACAAUUACAACAACAGCAGCAGCAACAAAGCGCAGAGCAAGGUAACUCUAACAGUUUUACUGGUAAAAAUUUUAGUGAUACCGGCAGCAAAAAGGGUAAUGAAAACAAGAAAAAUAAAUCAGCUACUAAGAAUGCUAAUACCAAAGACAUCACUAAUGCUGAAGGAAUUGUAGAUUCAAAACCUGCUAAAAAUAGUGACGAUGAAAAUGAUACCACUUCUAUGUCCUCUGUUAAAAAACAAUCCACAAAGACUAAAAACAGUAACAGUAUAAUUAGGCAAGCCAAAAGGGAAAUGGCUUCUCAACCAGCCUCAAGCCUAGAAAAUGGCUUAUCGUUGGCCGCUCAAUCUACCUUGGUCGAUUCUAAAAAUUCUGGCAAGUUUGUGCGUUCUUUGAGCGUUACUGAAUCUAAAGAUCUGUAUCCACUGGUCGGCGCUAAAAGUAGUAGUUUUUCUUUGCCUAAUGGCGUUAGUAGAUUUAGUCUCGGAAUUGGUAACAAGUUUUCCAACUUGCCGUUAGAUUCGUUUAAUAUCCCACACGCUCUGAUUGACGAUGAUGAUGAUAAUGCUGAUAAUGUUGAUGGAUAUAACGUUAUUAAGAGUGAUAAGAAAACUGUAGAUGGUAGUAAUGAUAAAAAUACUAGCAGUGUUUUAGAGGACGGUGAAGGAGAUAAUAAUGAUGAAUUUGAUUACAUGGAUGGUGUCUUAGGUGAUAAAAGAUCCUCUAUUAAUCAAUUAACUGAUAAAUCAAGUUUGAAAUCUGUUAAAUUAUUAGGCAAAACUUCAUCAGCAAUUUGUGCAAGAUCUGAUAAUAGUAGCCCAGGAAAAUACGUUACUGCUGCUGCGGCAGCUCCAAGAUUGACAAGAGGGGGCUUAACUUAUUAUAAUAUUAAUAUGAAUAAUAACAAUGGUAAUAUAAGCGGCAACAGUGCAAUUAAUUCACCAAAAAUUGCGGCUACUAUUGCAGCUAUUCAGAAAGCAGUUGUCUCGCAAAGUCCUGUUGUUACAACAGAGAAUUCUUUCACUAUUUCACGUUUAAACAUUCACAAGAACAGCGAAAAAGAUAAGGUUCCUACUACUUUCCCCCGCUCUCCUUCUACCUCCAAUAAUACUGAUGUUUUUAACUCUGCUUCGGCCUCCACUACUUCUACUUCUAAUGGUUCCCUUACGGGAUUUAACUCGUUUUCUUCAAAAGCAACUACUCCAGAUCCUGUUUGUUCCAAAUGGUUGCAGAUUGUAAGAGAUGGGUUUUUAAAUGAAGAUAUUAUUCAACCUGAAAACGUUUCACUGGAUGAAUUAGAUGAUUUAUUUGACUAG